UAUAUUAUUAUUUUCAGAAAAACACAAUAAUAAAAUGGGAAUUGAUCUUAUCGCCGGAGGUAGAACCCCAGGCAGGAAUAAGAAGAACACCAAGUCUACUAAUUUAUACCUGCACUUGUUGAUCAGACUCUACAGAUUCUUGGACAGAAGAACUGAAUCUAAUUUUAACAGAGUUGUUUUGAGAAGAUUAGUGCAAUCCAGGAUUACUAAAGCUCCAAUGUCUAUCUCAAGAGUUGCCACUCAUAUGAAGGGUAAGGAAGACAAAAUUGCUGUCCUUGUCGGAACUGUGACUAAUGACAACAGAUUCUUGGAUGUCCCAGCUCUCAAGAUCUGUGCUCUCAGAUUCACUGAAACUGCUAGAGCUAGAAUCACUAAUGCUGGAGGUCAGUGCAUUACUUUCGAUGAGUUAGCCCUCCUUGCCCCUACCGGUAGCAAUACAAUCCUCUUGAGAGGACCAAAGAGAAGAGAAGCCCAGAAAUACUUCGGAAAGGGAGCUGGUAUUUCCGGAAGUGGAACCCACAUCAAGAAGCAAAGCAAGAAGUCCUCAGAGGCCAAGAGAAAAUAAGUAUUGUGGUAAUAAACUU